GUCAGCUCCACAUCCAGAAGCUCCCGCGGCCAGAUACACGCAUCACUCCGCACUCGAGGUGCCAAACUGCGGCUCUGACACAACUCCGGGUCGGUGGAAGUGGGGAAGCUUGACAGUUACUUAAAGGGGGACUCUGGUGAUUUAGACACCCCCUUCAUCCUCUACUUCUUUCUGGGAAUUGCUACUUUCUCUUUUUUUUUUUCUUCUUCAUUCCUGCCUCCUCUUGCUGUUGUGUGACUUUGGCUUUAAGAGAGAUUUACAGUACGCGCUUUUCCGGACAUGUCUUUCCCUCAGCUGGGGUACCCCCAGUUCCUCAGUGCCUCCCACGAGGUGUACGGGGGCGAGCGGCCGGCCUCUGCCCGGGAAGGAGGCACUGAAUGCGGCGUGAGCUCGUCCGCUACCGCCGCGGCUGUCGGCUCCAUGCUGGGGAUGUACGGGAGCCCAUGGGCGGCUCACAACUACAGUGCCUUUCUGCCGUACAGCGGAGCCGCAGACCUCGCCCUCAUAUCCCAGAUGGGCUCCCAGUAUGAGCUGAAGGACAGCCCGGGGUCCCACCCUGCCUCUCUGCCGGUCCACGCCGCUCAAGGCUUCUACUCAUAUGGCCAGUACCCGUACGGGGACCCGUCAAGGGCCAAGACGGCCACCCGGGAGACCACCAGCACCCUGAAGGCCUGGCUGCAGGAGCACCAGAAGAACCCCUACCCCACCAAAGGAGAGAAGAUCAUGCUUGCUAUCAUUACUAGGAUGACACUCACACAGGUGUCGACGUGGUUCGCGAACGCCCGCAGACGCCUGAAGAAGGAGAACAAGGUGACCUGGGGCCGCAGCGCCGAGGACCGGGACGGCCGCAUCUUCAGCAGCGACAACGAGGACGAGCCAGGCAAGAACGGCAGCGAUGACGAAGACGAAGAGGAGGAGAUCGAUUUGGAAACUGUCGAUAUCGAGAGACCCGAGGAGCAGCAAGCAAGGGAGCAAGGCUCCGGGAAGGGAGAGGGAGAAGGAGAAGGGGAGGGAGAGAGUGAGGGAGAGGGAGAGGCAGGCCUGGCCGACAGAGAGCAGGCCUCGGAGCCGAAGAGCUCAGAGAGUAGCAGGACGCUUUCUGUGGAGGGCCUGCGAGGGGUGGAGGCGGCUAUUUCUCUCAACAGACCGCCUGUUGUCAAACUCGCAGUGGAUCAUUCUCCCAGCAGACAGGAGUGCCAGAGACCACCGCAGAGCAAACCCAAAAUCUGGUCCCUGGCUGAGACCGCCACGGCCCCGGACAGCUCUCACAGACCUUCCCCCGCGGCCCACGCGCACCACCCGGCUUUGGCCUCCGUCGGCCACCCGGCCUUACUCCCGGGUCAUGGGAUUUACACAUGCCAGAUUGGCAAACUGCACAACUGGGCCAACGCGGCUUUUCUGAACGCCAACUCGCUUUUGAACAUGCGGUCGCUCCUCGGAGGGGCGCCGGCCGGACACCUGCCUCUCCACGGCGCGGUUCCGGUUGCGCGUCAUGACGCACGGCCGGCGGCGGCGGGGCCCGGAACAUCGGGGACGGAGGAUGACAGUGAUGUGGAGUCGUCGGGAAGCUUCAGUCCAAAAAGAGAUGACGAGGAGAGCGACCACAGGCCUGAUUCCCGGAAGUCCCCAUUCCAGCUGAUCACUGACAGACCUCACCAUGGGACAGCACCACAGCGAGUUGUGACAAUGACAUUAUGAGAAGACAAAGAGAAAGAGAAAGGAAUAAUUUUAUUUAACGGAGAACAGUUUAAUGAAGGCUAUUUUUUUGACAGUGCUACCUGUCAUAGUAUUACCGUUUAGCUUCUACAUGCAAACGAGAUGGUUGUUUUUGUCACAGAUUUGCUUGUAUCUCUCUUUUAUGUCCUAUAUGUUUCUUCUUCGCCUCAUCUGUUGUGAAUGGAAACCUUUAAAAAUUGUAAAUACAGGAUAUGAAUUUGUCUUUAAAGAAUAUAUUUUUUUGGGAACUAAAUAAAUGUCAUUAUAGUCAUUUAUUAUUGGAGUUUUCUUCCCUAAUUAGAAAUUGUUCAUAUUCUGUCAAAAAUUUCGAGAAAAUCAAAAGUGCAACGGGUGACUUAAACCUCCUAAAAGCAGUGCCCUACUCUUACAUGUUUAUCUUACUUUUAAGGUUGAUUGAGAUCUAUAAAAUGUUAAUUCAUAGUAUGUUAUAUCACAUGACAGAUAUCAGUCUUAAUGUGCACAUUAGAAUUCAUUCCGUCAUUGAAAUUCUCUUUUUAAUUUCAUUCCUCUAAGAAAUUAAGUGUAAAGUCACAGAGGAUGUGUUACUUUAACGGGAAAUCCUAAAUUUACAUGAAUAUACAAUAAUACACAUUUCAAAUAUUAUAGAUUUCCACUUGUUUAUUGAUGAUCACAGUGUCCCCACCUUUUAAUUGACCCCUUCUUCACCGUGUCUUGUUUCACACUCUCCUUGCCAACUAAACCGUGCAGAGUCAGCCCCUUUUAGCAAGAAAAGUCUCACCCUUAUUGGAAUCUGCACUCCCGCCAAAACUCGGAGACUUAUGCCAGCGCCUUGGAAGCCACUGCAAACGCUGCGGAAAUUGAAAUUGAAGAUUUCCAGGACCUUAUGAACCUGCGUCUGUGCUUUCAGCCCAGACCUCCUUGCUUUAAUGUUGGAUUAUACCCCCUCAGUGCCACCACUGCCGCCUCUGAAAUAUGGAUCAGACGGCAGGAAAGGCCAGCAGCCAGUAUGGGGUCGGCAGCUCAGGGGGAGGUUGAUGGGAGGGGAGUUGGGGGGGGGGUUUGUGUGUCACUCUGAGCCAUCCUUGACGUUCACAGGCCCAAAGACAUCAGGGCAAAGGGAGAGAGAGGACGGUGGGGGGUCUCAGGGCUGUUAAUAGUGAGUGUUUCUCAAAGCUGUGGUCCCACACGCAUGCUUGGAUUAGCAGCAGGUCAUGCAUGUCACAUGAUUUGAGUCCUCUGGCCUCUCAAGGGGGCCUGGACCGUCUCAGGUUCAGGUGCACACACCUAUUUUAGAUUUAAUUGCAUAUUUAAACUCGCUAUGCAGAUAAGGCUUGACAUCUUUAAAAGCUGCAUAUGAAGCAACUGCUUUUAGGUUCACACUUCAGUUUGAAAGUCAAACGCUGAUCGUCAACUUCCAUUAUUGUCAAGUGGCUUUGGCCUCUUAGUAGAAGUCAAGUGCUGCAGAUGUUCAGUAUUUGGAUUAGAUCAGUGAAACGGUUAGAUUUAGGUUGGGUCAGGUUGGGUUACGUGGUCCGUAAAGGUGUAACAAAUAAGUAUAUGGCAAUGUGUUGAAUAGCAAGUUGACGAGUGAAAUGAACCGGCACUUCGUUACUUACUUUAUUAUAAUUUACAUAAAUAUAUUGCAGACUUGUUUGGGCAGAUAGACGGUCAGUAGAGUACACAGUCAAAUGGUGAUUUGAGCAGGCGCCGUACACAGUGACAGAAUCACAGCCGGCAGGAUCAUGGACCUACAGAUUAACUCAAUGCUGCCACCUCACUCUCAGAAAGAGUAAAGCAGAAUUUUACUUCGUGGAGCAAAACAUGUCACUGUGUCUGUGUC